AUGUCCGCCGCCCUCUUCCUCGGCCUCCUUGGCCUCACAGCCCCCCUGGCUGCCGCAACCACGAGUACCCCAGGCCUCGAGCUCGCAUACUCCCUUGAGCGCGCCACCCAGGGCAUCAGUAUCUCUGCCGAUGGCCGUAAGUUUCUCUCCCAGCGUUACUCGACCACGCUGCCCCCUCAAAUUGUUGAGCUCCUGGACGACAACUCCACGGUCCUUUACCCAAACACCGCCUGGAACUCCUACAACUCCAGUGACCCUAUCUCCGACCCACGCAAGACCUUCGUCAGCAUUGACGGCGCCCGCAUGGGCCCCGAUGGUCACUACUGGAUUGUCGACGGCGGAUCUACAGGCGUCAACGGCUCCACCAAGCUCGUUGGCGUGAACAUCACCACCGACGCCGUGGACAAACUCUACUACCUCGACGCCAUGAAAGCAUCCGACAGCGGCAUUGACGACGUCCGCUUCAACGCCGCUGGUGAUGUGGCCUACAUGAGCGACACUGCCGGUGCCCUACUCGUCAUGAACAUGACUACCGGCACGGGUGUGCGUGUUCUGUCCACCGACUCUUCCGCCCAACCUUGGUUCCCCAUGAUGUACAAUGGCACUCUGGUCCCCGGAUACGGCGCCGCAGGUAGCACUCUUUCUGUUGGACUCGACCAAAUCGAAGUCUCGCCCGACGGUGUGUACCUGUACUACCAGCCCUGUAAUGGAGGCUUGUAUCGCAUCAAGACGGCGUACGUUGAUGCGUCUCUCAAGAAUGCGACUCUCGCAUCGACUUUGGGAAAUUACGCGGAGCCUUUUGCCCUGACGCCCAGCACUGGUGGUAGUACUAUCGACGGGGAUGGAAACAUCUAUGUUAGUGAUACCAACUUGCUGGCUAUCUGGAAGGUCACGCCUGAGGGACGCGCGACUGUACUUAUUCAGGAUGAGAAGCUGCUUUGGACAGAUCUUAUGUGGGUUACCGCUGAUAAGAAGCUUUGGUUGCCUGCUUCACAGAUGAGGCCUGGUGGUGAUGGAUUGAUGGCGGAUGGGCCCAACUAUAUCUUUACCUAUCCGAUUGAUGCGGGACCGUCGCCUAUUGAUCAUGCUUAG